AUGUCUAUGCCUGAUUUCGAUCCCUCUCGACGGCCCUCUCAGGCCGAGAACCAGACGAUCCUCAAGUCCGAGAUACCAUUGAAGGAGCGGUUUUUCCGCUAUUUUCAACAUGAAAUCACCGAGAGUCUGACACAUGUGCUUGCUGCAGCCCUUCAGGAACAGAUGGAUCGGUUGUCGGAUACAUCCCUGAUAGGGGGAGAGCGGGCAGAUGCAACCGAUCACUGUCUGGCCGGCAUUGCGCGCUUGUCCAAUGAAGUCAAAGAUGCGGCUAGCUACAUUCCCACCUACGAUCAGCGGAUAUACGCAGAGGCUAUCAAAGCGCUGCAGGACAAACUAGUCGAAACCCGGGCUGCUGUGGAACCGCGCCCCAAGUUCAGUUUCAAGACUAAGAAGAAUGCCUCGGCUAUCUCUCUCUCUGAUGCGGCACAAAUGGCUGCGCAGGUACGCAGUAUCCCCGGAUUCGCCUCGCCCGGCUCGUCUUCCGUGGGCUCGUCCGCCGCCCAAACCCCAAUGUAUCCGUCAACUCCGCUCAAUGAGCCCGACAAUCGGCUUCAUCUUCUACAACGGCCGGAGAUUGCCCCCACAUCAAUUCCAGCUAUCCCGGUCGACGAGGGGGCGGAUGAUAAGCUCAAGCCACCGGAGCAGCCCCAUGGCUUUGCAGCCACCGCUAUUACCUCCGUGUCAGUGAAUAACCAUCACAACCUCCACAUCAUGCUGCCAUCCUCAGGGUCUACCGCCAACGUACCCGCAUCUAUCACCUCGCUGCGCCAUUGCGUGGUCGACAUGUCAAUACCGACCGUCAACGGCAAACCUUACGCUAGUCUCACCGCAAAGAAUGUGAAGGAGAGCCUUCUGGUCUGCGGACAGAUCAAUGGUCCCGCUCACAUCACCGACGUGGAGCAUAGUAUUAUCGUGGUGGAUUGUCGCCAAUUCCGUAUGCAUAAUUGCUCCAACGUGGACGUCUACCUGAGUGCGUCCAGCAAUCCUAUCAUUGAAGACUGCACCAACAUCCGAUUUGGUCGCAUACCCCGCAUCUACACUUUGAACCACGAUCGCCCCGACGAUGAAGACCGCUGGAGCGAGGUCGAGGACUUCAAAUGGAUCAAGCCCGAGCCAAGCCCUAAUUGGAGCCUGCUCGAUCCCGAGGAUGCGGUUCCGGAAGAGGUUUGGGCGGAGAUUGUGCCCGGAGGCCCCGGCUGGUCUUUGGAGGAUAUUCUGCGUGCCAUCAACAUCUCAAAGGUUUAA